AUGAAGAAACCUACGAAUACGGUCCUUCUCAGCAUGCUGCUGUCGCUGGCCGGCUGCGCAGACGCGGCGUUCGGCCAGCAAAAGACACUGCUGAGUCGGAUUGACACGUUGACCCUGCGCAACGAUAUGAUGACAAAGGGCAGGAGGGUGGAUCCGAUCCCGCAGUUGAAAUGUGUGGGCGGUGACGGCAUGGGGAGAUAUGAGGUUGACGUGAUGCGGUGCAAGAACCGUGGGAGCGACUAUGGCGAUGAGAAUAUCAGCUGGUCGUGUACGGCGGACCUUCCGAGGGAGUUUAAGCUUGGUGCUACGGAUGUCAUCUGUGAAGGCUAUGACAGCCCGGACGACAAUUACAUCCUCAAAGGCUCAUGCGGCGUCGAGUACCGCCUGGCACUCACCGACUACGGCUACGAGAAAUACGGGUCCUCCGCCCGGACAAACCGCUUUACCAACGACAACAGCACGAGUACAAACAUAACCCUCUUCAUCUUCUGGACCGUCUUCUUUAGUAUCCUCGCCUGGAUCAUAUACUCCGCGUGCACCUCGCCCUCCACCGCCCGGCGCGCGCCCCGCACAGCUGGAGGCGCCCGUCCCUCAUUCUGGGGUGGCGGCGGCGGAGGAGGUGGUGGUGGUGGUGGUGGGGACGACCCGCCUCCGCCGUACGACUACUCGAACCCGAAGCCGCGGUACUCACAGCCGCAGCAGAGGCAGGGGCCGGGCUUCUGGACGGGGGCUGCGACUGGCGCGGCGGCGGGCGCGGCGGCGAGUAGGCUAUAUAGUGGCAGUGGCAGCGGGAGAGAGAGGGCACCGCCGCCGCCAACACCGUCGUACUCGGGGCUAGCUGGGGCGGUGGUGGGGAGAGGGGCGAGAGUAGUAGUGCGGGGGCGAGUCAUUCGAGUACUGGAUUUGGACAGACGAGGAGGAGAUGAUGGGGUGGUGUGGAAUGGAGAGAGUAGUGGGUGGUUGUUAAAAUGGGAGCUUCACCGGGGGAUUUGUGUUAUUUAG